CCCCAAAACUCCCUCUUAUUCAUUCUCUUUUUCUCUCCUUUAGUUUCCUUGAGAGCAAACCAAGAUGGUAAAGGAGAAAAACAUGCAAACUUCUCUAAUCCUGUGGGCUGCAGUUGCCGCUUUGCUCUCACAGAAUUUGCUCAUUCCUGUCAUGUCUACUGCGGCGUAUGAAGAAAAGAAAACCUAUCACUCUCCGGACCCAAAUAUCAGAAGUCCUCCAAGAUCUUCGCGAACAACUCCAUCGCAUGGCUCAGGAGGCGGCUCAGGAACACCACCCUCUCAAGGAGGCGGUGGCCAUGGAGGAACACCGCCUGCUAACUGUGGCAAUCCGCCAAGUGGAGGGGGGCGUCGUAAUCCCAGUCCACCUCCUCCUUCUGGAGGUCGUGGAGGUGGUUACUAUCCCUCCCCUCCAACUUUUGGUGGAACCCCUCCAAGUACCCCUACUACACCCACCCCACCAACUACUCCUAUCAUUGGCCCAGGCACGCCAAGCACUCCUGGCGCCUCUGUACCAUCACCUCCAUUUGAUCCCAAUUCACCACCUUCUCGAGGUGGUUACUAUCCAUCCCCUCCAACUUACGGUGGAACUCCUCCAAGUAUUCCUACACCUAGCACCCCGUCCACACCAACCAUUGUAACCCCACCAACUACUCCUAUCAUUGGCCCAGGCACGCCAAGCACUCCUGGCGUCUCCGUACCUUCACCUCCAUUUGACCCCAAUUCACCACCUUCUCGAGGUGGUUACUAUCCCUCCCCUCCAACUUACGGUGGAACUCCUCCAAGUAUUCCUACACCUAGCACACCGUCCACACCAACCAUUGUAACCCCACCAACUACUCCUAUCAUUGGCCCAGACACCCCAAGCACCCCUGGGAUAUCCACGCCUUCAGCUCCAUUUGACCCCUAUUCACCACCUUCGGGCGGUUACAACUAUCCCUCGCCUCCAACUUUUGGUGGAGGCCCUCCAAGUUUUCCUACACCUAGUACCCCCGGUUUUCCCACAAUUCUAACUCCACCAACUACUCCAAUCAUCGACCCAGGCAUUCCAAGCACUCCUGGUAUUUACAUACCUCCACCUCUAUUUGAUCCCAACUCACCACCUUUCCCGCUCGAUUACUGGAGCACUAACCCGGCUCUAAUAUGGGGCUUGUUUGGCUGGUGGGCAACUGUUGGUAGUGCAUUUGGUGUGGCUGGUGCUCCAGGGUUCGGGGGAAACUUGAACCUGCUGCAAGCACUUUCAAACCCUCGUGCCGAUGGCGUUGGGGAGCUCUACAGGGAAGGAACAGCUUCUUUGCUGAACUCCAUGGUGAGCAAGAAUUUCGCUUACAGUACCAAACAAGUUAGGGAUAGUUUUGUUGCAGCACUCAGUUCAGACAAGGCUGCAGCAGCUCAAGCGCGGAUAUUCAAGUUAGCCAACGAGGGUCGACUCAAGCCCAAAGCCUGAAAAACUCAUAUUUCCAUAGUCCCUGUGUAUCUUGCUAUGUCCAGUUUCAUUGUGAUUUCCUGUGAGUUCGCUUUAGGGUUGAAUCUUAAUGUCUCAAGAGGAUACCAAAUUAUUAAGAAAGCGGCCGUUCACGUCAGGAAUAGAGGCCGUUAAGGAUGUACUUGCUUUAUAAUCAGGUAUAUGUAAAUUAUUACUUUGAUGA